UCAAAGAACUAAGCAAACCAGACCGAGCUGCAUUGUUUAUUGGAGAACCUCCCCGUUAAGCAGACCGGAACGGAGCAUUUUAUUUCCAAUGGUAAACGGCUUGAGUGAACUAUCUUUAUUUUUCCACUAUCUUUGGCAAUAGCACAUUUCACUUCUCUCCUCCGAUUUUGACAGCAGGACUGAUACGUUUUCAGAAAAUAGGAUUAAAGCCACUCGCUAAGAGUGUUGCCGUUGACUAGGGCCUGAGCCACUGCACCAGCCUUGUUUUUUUUGUCUUCAAGACGUCUAUUUUCUGCAUACCCAGAAUGACACAGAUUGGAUUAAACACAGAGGACUGAUCCAAAGAGGUGUGUCGCGAGCAGGUAAAACCGAGAGCCUGGGGCAAAGAAGAAAGACAAGAGAAGGAAUGAUGACUUACAACAACAGAGAACUGGUGGUGUACUAUGUCACCUAUAAACUAUCACAGAGGGACUACCCCUUCAACCACAUGGAGCUCACAGAAGCCCAGAAUCGGACUGAGGGAGGACAGGUGGAAGGGGGUGCGGCAGUCAUGACAUACGUCAAUGGGACGAGUCCCGGUACUCCUCCACCACGGCAGUCGCCCCCCUCCUCCCCUCGGCGGACAGCGGGCCUGGACGCAGUGAAAGAGGCAUUGCGGGACUCUGCCAACGAGUUUGAGCUGCGUUAUGCCAGAGCUUUCAGUGACUUGUCCUCCCAGCUACACAUCACGCCGUCCACAGCCUAUCAGAGCUUUGAGAACGUGAUGGACGAGGUGUUCCGGGACGGUGUCAACUGGGGACGGGUGGUGGGCCUGUUUGCUUUCGGAGGGGCCCUCUGUGUAGAAUGUGUGGACAAGGAGAUGAACCCCUUGGUGGGAAGGAUCACAGACUGGAUGACAGUCUAUCUGGACAACCACAUCCAGCCCUGGAUCCAGAGCCAAGGAGGAUGGGACCGGUUUGCAGAGAUCUUUGGGAUGGACGCUGCAGCCGAGAGCAGGAAGUCUCAGGAGAGCUUUAAGAAGUGGUUUCUGGCGGGGAUGACCCUGGUCACAGGAGUCGUCGUAGGGUCACUCUUCGCUCAGAAACGCCUGUGAGAACGACAGCCACAACAGACGCCGUCUUGUACGGGGUGGAGGGGGGUGGAAUGAAGGAAUUAGUUAAACUUUUCUUAUUUCUCCUUUUUAAUUUUCAAGAAAAUACAUGAUUAUGUUUGAACCUUCCAUCCCACCAUACACUGAGGACUCUGACAAACUGUUGAGAUUAAAGACAGCGUGAUGGUCACUUAUCAAAGACCUCCCUGCAACACCCUAAAAACACCAGAAAAUGGAGGGAGGUAUCUAGAACUGUCUUGGGCCAAACCUUCCUGUUUUUUCCCCUUUUGUUUACUCUUUCCUGUUGACCUUUUCUCCAAUUGCUGUAUUAAUUAGCUUUUUUUACAAAUGUAAAAGUGAUUCAGAAACAAGCUAGCGCAUCAUAUUAGGCGCAUUGGCCUGAAAUUAGUGAGGUAAUUUAAAUUGUUGUGUGUGUUCAUUGGUUUGUUUUUAUUUUGAUUUUUUUUACCAUUAAAACCCAGGUGAUCAUUUCCUGUUGUGAUGGUGGUCAAAUACCUGGCACACAGAACACACAACGUGCACAACAAACCACUAGCCAGUGACAGAGUAUUUAUCUAGCAGCUGGGGAUAGAGGCUCAGUUGGAGAGAAUGUUCAGUGUUUAAAACUUACAACACAACCUUGUAAUCAUUUUAGCUAAUGAGAUUGAAGAUGAAUGAAGCAGAAACCUUAUUUAGUGAGAUUACAGAUCAUUGAGACCUCUGACGUUCAUAUAGAUGGAUCUAAGACAUGAGAAAAUGUUGUCAGGCUGACUUCCAGGUCGGACCCUUUCAACCUCUGUCUGCCUGGAAGCCACCUCUGUCUGCCUUAGUUUUCACACUUGGCACAUUCAUUUCUGAUCUCCUUCCUGUCACAGCAGCUGAUGGCGUGCGUCACUCAACACCCAACCUGCUGUUCAGAGCACAUCUGUCAAACCUGGUCGACAGAGACUGAGGAAAACGAUUCCUUGGUUUCCAAACGUCUUUAAUUUAAACACAGCGUCAGUAAGUCAGGAGGGUGCUUGUAAGUCUGGCGUUUUCAUAGUGUUACACUCUGUGCGCUGGCAGUUAGCUUCAUUCAGGAGGAAGUAGGAGGAUGAGAAGGAGGGUGUGAGGAGAAACGGGUGCAACCCCCCCCACCCACAUCCUGACCCUCUGCUUCAGGGAACGGAGCCCUAGGGAAGUAGGGCUCCUCUUGUGUGACAGGUAGACGGUUGAAAACCCAGCCUUUGAGACUUUGCAGCGGUGUCCUGCGUUUCAAAACUGGAAUGAGGUCUCUCUCACUUGCUGUGGUUUUUCCACAUUUUAUUUGAACAGUGUAGCAGACCUGUGUUAAACUUUAGAGACGUGUCAACGUUUAUAUGCUUUAUUUUAUGUCAAAGCCCUGUUAGUUUAUUUACGUUUUCUAUGCAUUCCCUCCUUAAUAUUGUUGUUUUUAAAUCUUGUGUUUUUUGCCUGCUUUUCUCAAUUGCAGUACCGGGCCCUCCGGGGUAUUUAGUUACAGUACCGGGCCCUCCGGGGUAUUUAGUUACAGUACCGGGCCCUCCGGGGUAUUUAGUUACAGUACCGGGCCCUCCGGGGUAUUUAGUUACAGUACCGGGCCCUCCGGGGUAUUUAGUUACAGUACCGGGCCCUCCGGGGUAUUUAGUACCAGUACCAGUACUGGGCCCCCAGGGUAUUUAGUUCCAGUACCGGGCCCUCCAGGGUAUUUAGUUCCAGUACUGGGCCCUCCAGGGUAUUUAGUUCCAGUACCGGGCCCCCAGGGUAUUUAGUUCCAGUACUGGGCCCUCCAGGGUAUUUAGUUCCAGUACCAGUACCGGGCCCUCCGGGGUAUUUAGUUCCAGUACCAGUACCGGGCCCUCCGGGGUAUUUAGUUCCAGUACCGGGCCCUCCGGGGUAUUUAGUUCCAGUACCGGGCCCUCCGGGGUAUUUAGUUCCAGUACCGGGCCCUGCGGGGUAUUUAGUUCCAGUACCGGGCCCUCCGGGGUAUUUAGUUCCAGUACCGGGCCCUCCGGGGUAUUUAGUUCCAGUACCGGGCCCUCCGGGGUAUUUAGUUCCAGUACCGGGCCCUGCGGGGUAUUUAGUUCCAGUACCGGGCCCUCCGGGGUAUUUAGUUAGCAACAGUUUGUUCAGGUCCACCCUGCUUAGGAUCUUGAUGCUCUCCUAAUUAUUUUCUGUUUGAUAUCUCAAGAACACCAUAUUAUGGGACAAGGUUUUCUCUUUACUUAUGAAUAUACUAUAGAUCAGGGCUCUGCUCCUGGAGAGCUACCGUUCUGUAGGUUUUCACUCCAACCCUGUUCCUGGAGAGCUACCGUCCUGUAGGUUUACACUCCAACCCUGUUCCUGGAGAGCUACCGUCCUGUAGGUUUUCACUCCAACCCUGUUCCUGGAGAGCUACCGUCCUGUAGGUUUUCACUCCAACCCUGUUCCUGGAGAGCUACCGUCCUGUAGGUUUUACACUCCAACCCUAAUGUAGCACACCUGAAUUGAAUUAUCUGGUUGAUAAGCUGAAUCAGGUUAAUUACAGCUGGGGUUGGAGUGUGAACCUGCAGGAUGGUUGCUCUCCAGGCAAAUAGCUGGCCACGUUGCUCCAAACAUAACAUUUCAAAGUGUAUCGUUCCAUUUCUCCAAACGUCAAAUGUUGAAGUUAAGGGUUCAGUUUAGGGAUUCAUUCUGAAUGGUUAAGGUAAGUGUUAAGGUUUGUGAUAUUGUCCACAACUGGGAUCGAACACACAGCCUUCUGAUCCAGAGUCAUGGGAUUUCGGCCAUCCACAACACCCUGGCAAAACCCAAGCCCACUUGAUGGUAAUAGUGUUCACUGUUGCCCCUAGUGGCCGGUUUUGAAGGCAUUUCCCAACAUUUUAGGACGUGGAUAGACGUCCAAUUUUGACACCAAACUUAAACGCCCUGGCUUCUCCAAGAACAGGGUGGGAGAGCCCUGCUAUAGAUGAAUAUCUGCCAAGUGAUCAUGAACCAUUUCCUCACACAUUCCAAGACAGUAAUAUAUUUUUCUAGUGUUGUGCCCCACAAAAAGCUAGCCUGGAUGCCAGUCUAAUCCACUAGCCAGGGUGCCAGUCUAAUCCACUAGCCUGGAUGCCAGUCUAAUCCACUAGCCAGGGUGCCAGUCUAAUCCACUAGCCUGGAUGCCAGUCUAAUCCACUAGCCAGGGUGCCAGUCUAAUCCACUAGCCUGGAUGCCAGUCUAAUCCACUAGCCAGGGUGCCAGUCUGUAAUCCACUAGCCAGGGUGCCAGUCUGUAAUCCACUAGCCAGGGUGCCAGUCUGUAAUCCACUAGCCAGGGUGCCAGUCUGUAAUCCACUAGCCAGGGUGCCAGUCUGUAAUCCACUAGCCAGGAUGCCAGUCUGUAAUCCACUAGCCAGGGUGCCAGUCUGUAAUCCACUAGCCAGGGUGCCAGUCUGUAAUCCACUAGCCAGGGUGCCAGUCUGUAAUCCACUAGCCAGGGUGCCAGUCUGUCACUGCUCUCUUGCCGACUCCUUAUAGAAUUGUCAUAGCAUGUUUGUCUUGACCAGGCUAACAAAAAGCUGCUUGCAGGCUUUUCCUGCAAUGUGACCUUUGUCACAUGAAGUUCCCUCCGUGUGUGUGUGCAUUCGUGUUGUAUGGAAAAUGUUUUGCUGGAGGCAUAAGAAUGAAUUGAAACAGCAUUGACACUAUGUACUAGUUAUUUAAACCAGCAUUAGAAUAGUAUCAUGGUUACUAACAUUUUUAAAAAACAAUUUGCUUGACUUUGAAAUGUUAUUUAUGAUAUUUGGUGUAGUGUCCCUUCAAAUUGCCUUAUUAAAUUCCAUAUUUGCAUUGAUGUGUACUUUGUAUUUCAUUGUUAAUGUUUUGCAUUUUAACUGCUAAUAGAAUAUUGCUAGGGUAAAGGAGGAAAACAACGACGUGUCUCAUGGUCUGUUCUAUGUCUUAGAUUACAUGCAACUGAAUAAAAGACCAAUGUGGAACAUGGA